AUGUCAUCCUCGGUCCUUGCCCGUCUUCGGCACGUCAUCCUUGCACAUGGGGCCAGGCCCCAGCUGGUGCCCAACGCCCACCCCGACUCCAGCGACGAGGAGAGCGACGAGGAGCUGGACGAGGCUGUGCGAGAGUAUGGGGAGCACAUGGGUGCAGAGGUCGUCGGGCAGUUCUUAAGGUUCCUCGAGAUGCAGAAGCCCGGGGAGGACAACCCUGAUGCGGCCUUGAUUCAAAAGGGCCUUUUUCAGGCUUUUGACAGGAUGCCGCCGGAGAAGCUGGCCAAGCUAAUGGUGAUGUUCGGACCUCGGGCGAAAUCGACGCCCUCGUCGGAGGAGGUGGAGGAGUUUCAUGCACUCUGCCAAGAGAUUCAGGCCCUGAUGCCGGCCGACGCCGCCGAGCGCAUGCAGCAGAGCAGCAGCAACUUCCUGGAGGGCGUAAUGUCCGCCAUGCCAGGCGCUGACAUUACGCCGCAGUCCAUCACCAAAGCCAGUCCUGACGCCACGGCGUGA